AUGGGCCACUCCAACGUCUGGAACUCACACCCUAAGAACUACGGCCCUGGCUCCCGCGUCUGCCGGGUCUGUGCGAACCCUCAUGGUCUGAUCAGGAAGUAUGGGCUCAUGUGCUGCAGGCAGUGCUUCCGCAGCAACGCCAAGGACAUUGGCUUCAUCAAGCUUAGGUGGAAUUUAGCUGGCAUUGCUAUUCUAGAAUUUCCUUUAUGGAUUGAUUUUAUAGCUUCUGAAAUUGUUUUAUCUUACUAUUGUAUUGGAGAGCCAUGGUUGUGGAAUAGAACUGAUUGCUCAUGGGUCAUUAAUGUCCGGAUGAUCCUUUCAAGGCAGCACCUAACUGAAGGACAGCUUGCUAGACAUAACCAGCAGCACUUGCCACAGAGCUUAGGAGUACUAGAGUAUAGAAUUGAAGGUUCUGUCAGCAGAAUGGAAGGAAAUUGUGCAUCCAUUUGGAGCGAGGAAUCUGAGAUGAUUGCUCACCUGCAGUCCAUGUUCUGGAGCAGCAGCAAUGCUGAUUCCUGCCUUUCUUCUCCUGACAGCAACACUAGUUCUUGUGUUGAACCUAGCACAUUGCCUACUACCUUCCUUCCACUUGAUGAAAAUGACUGCUGCGAUAAAGAGCAAGUGCAAUGUCAGAACACUGGUGCUGUUUGGUGCUUUGAUCACCAGAGUCAGGUCUUUGCUCCAAUUUUUAGUGAAGUUACAAGUAACAAGAGGGCGUGUCUUAUGGAUGAGAAUAAGAAGAGUAAGAAUUCUAAGAAACCCCGAACCAUUGCCCUGGCAUCAAGGACAAGUUCAAUUGCUCCUGCUGAUGAGAUUAACACUGAGCUUGUCAAUCACAGCUGUUCCUGGAGCUGCAGCUCUGAAGAUGAUUCAAUUGGUGCAUGUGAAGAAUCUGUUGUUCUGAAACAAAGUACCAGUUCAAGAGGUCGUAGUUGGUCAUCAAAGGAUUUACAGAGCCUUUACGCAAAGAGGAGAAGAGAGAGGAUCAACGAAAGACUAAGGACGCUGCAGCAGCUAAUUCCUAAUGGCACCAAAGUUGACAUGAGCACUAUGCUGGACGAAGCAGUUCAGUAUGUCAAGUUCCUGCAGCUGCAAAUAAAGCUCCUGAGCUCUGAAGAUACAUGGAUGUACGCACCUCUUGCCUAUAACCACAUGAGCAUGGACCUCAGUCCAAAUGUUGCUGUGAACCAAUCAUGA